AAGUUUGGUGGUUUCUUGCGUCAUCAUUUUAUGCUGCUUCUCGUGUGCUGAUGCAGAGUGAAGGGUUGAAGAUAAACCAGAGUAUGUCCUAACACUCCAGCUUUAACUCCAGUGCAACACGACUUAUAGAAGAAGCAACUUGCAGCCGACAAAAUGCACUGAAGUAAAGGAAACUGGAGCAGCAGAAGCACAAUCAGAUGUCUGAAAUGUACAGCACCUCUGCAAAGCCAGUGUCACAUUAACCAACGUGGUCAACACAUCCAGCAGCCCUUCAGACAGCCAGAGAUCUGGUCUGAGAGUCACAUACUGAGCAGCUUGAACCAGUCUGAAUGUGAGGUGAGCUCAGCAGACAGGAAGACAUGCGGAGAGUUCGGAGAAAAGGAGGGAACAAAGAGAAAGUGUUUGGAUGUGAUCUGAUUGAGCACCUGACCGCCUCCAGUCAAGAGAUUCCUCAGGUCUUGCGAUGCUGCACUGAAUUUGUUGAGCAACACGGAAUUGUGGAUGGAAUCUACAGGUUGUCUGGAGUGUCGUCCAAUAUACAGAAACUAAGGGGGGAGUUUGAGAAUGACGGGAAGCCAGAUCUGAACAAGGAUGUGUACCUGCAGGACAUCCACUGUAUCAGCUCCCUGUGUAAAGCUUAUUUCAGAGAGCUGCCAAACCCUCUGCUCACAUACCAGCUGUAUGACAAGUUUGCUGAAGCUGUGGCCAUCCAGCUGGAGGAGGAGAGGCUGGUAAAGAUCAGAGAUGUGCUGAAAGAACUACCAGAACCACAUUACAGGACACUGGAGUUUCUGAUGCGCCAUCUUGUCAAAAUGGCUUCAUAUUCCUCAGAGACCAACAUGCACGCAAGGAACCUGGCCAUCGUUUGGGCUCCCAAUCUCCUCAGGUCAAAGGACAUUGAAGCGUCUGGAUUUAACGGUACAGCAGCCUUCAUGGAGGUCAGGGUUCAGUCCAUUGUAGUGGAGUUCAUCCUCACACACGUCCCUCAGCUGUUUCCUGAACAAGGUCUAUCAAAUGAGCAAAGAAAGCCCCUCCCCUCCCCAGCAACAAUAUCCAAUCAGGAUGAAGGAUUUUUCAAGCCUUUUCACACUCAGCACAUCAUCAACUUUGGGAACAUCAGUCCAGGGGAUGGUCCUUUAGCCAUAAGACCCUACCAUGCUAUAAUUGAAGGCACAGAUAAGAGGAAAGGAUCUCUGAAGGGCAGGAAGUGGAUGUCCAUCUUCAACAUCGGAGGACGAUUCCCCGACCCACGGCGAAGGCACAGACACUCAGCUAAAGAGAAAGAGCAGCCUGCUAUAAGACCAGCAAGAAGCAUGGACUCCCUCAGCACCCCAUUGUAUCCUAAUGAAGCUUCCAGACGUCCUCAACAGCGCCCUCCUUCCAACAUAUCUCCUCUGGUCACCUCCUCCCCACUCUCUGGCUCAGAAAUCGCGGUGUCUUCUGGUGCAAUAGGUGGCAGUGAAUAUGCUGUGACGUACCGCAGGGGAACUGGGCUAGUAAGCGGGGGUGCAGGGACACAGGGCACCUACACAGCUCUUGAUCCUGAGGGUUUAGGGCUCGCAGGCAGUGAGACUUUACAGUCCAGAUCCCCAGGGCUCUCCACUAAAGUAGGACGAAGAGCAGCCAUGCACAUCACAGGGCCAACCAUGGUUACUGUGCCACUACAUAUCACCUCUAACUUGGCAUUAGGGGUGCUGCAAGGGGGCGGGAGUGACAGGGUCAUCCACCGAGGCAGGGAAAAAGAUGCAGGUGUGGAAGGAAAGAAGGAAGGAGAGAAGGUGGAGAAGAAGGAAAGCAAAGGAAUAGAAAGGAAAGUUGAGGAAGAGGGGAGAAAUAACAGGGAGAAAGAUGGGGAUGGAGAUGUGGACAUGAAAGGGACUACAGUGGCUGAGGGUGGUGUUAGUGAGGAAAAAGGUGAAGGAGCAAAAGAGGAGGAGAAGAAGGAAGAGGAGGUGAGUGAAGAUUGUAGAUGGAAACCGGAGCAGGUGACAGGAGGAGUGUCCAGAGAUAGACGAGCCAAAAGCUUGAACUCCAACACAAAUGAUGAAGAUGCUGCAGAUGAUGACCAAGACGAGUACAUGGAAAUGAAAGGGGGGGAACCAGCUGAUUGUCAGCCGGGAGUGACUCAGCCUGCUGACACCUGUGUGUUCGAUGUUUCUGAUGUCCUCAACUCAACUGAGCUGGAAAGGGAGGACCAGGAGCUGUCUGGCUAUGUUCAAGAUAACUUUGAAUUCCUGGACCAAAUGGACUGCAGCGUCUUGGAUCAUAUGGACUGCAGCGUGUCCUACCAGGUGAAUGAAUUCUCAGUGGAACCUCCUGGUCACUCAGAUGAUGAGUAUGAACUCAUGGUGCAAGCUCAGAAUUCCCAUCAUCCUGCAGAGCUACAGACACACCUGCAGCCAGGCUCUGAAAUGCAGAACGAAUUCAAACCACACAGACCGCUCAGCCUUGACCUACAAAACCGACACACUAAAUCCCUCAGUUUGCCCUAUAUGACCUCACCCAUCCACGGACCUGUGGGGUCUUCCUCCGAAGAGGAGGAUGCAGGGGACAUCAGUGAUGAUAAUGAUUACAAUAGUGAGGAAGAUGAGAGCAUGUUUGUCCAAAGUCUUCCCCCUGAUUUCUUCCUUAACAAUCUCUCUGAGUUUGAACUAGAUACUGAUUCACAAGAGAACUGCACUCUUGACAAACAUCCUGUGGAUCAGUCGGAGAGCUCUGAGGCAAGAGAAUCUGAGACAUUGCACUGUAAAGAACUACCUGUUGGAGAUCAGGAGCAGGCAGAAGUAAAAGAUGAAGAUGAACUGGACGGAAAUAUGAUGAAGGAAGAGGAAGAUGUGCUUGAUAAAGGAGACCCACCAGAAAAACAUGUCCAAAGAACAGCAGCGGAAGAUCUUAGUGUCACGACGAACAGUCAAGGUGACAAUGAGAAACCUCCUACUCCAGAAGUGUUGACACAACACUCCGUGGAGUUUCCACUGCCAACUAAUGAGGACACUGAUGAAUAUAGCACUAUGGCUGACAUGAAGAUUGAGGAGUUGGAGGAGGUGGUUGAUAAUCUUGAUUUUUCACCUUGUCACACAGAUUCUUGUGCCAUGCAGGAGAUCGCUGAUGUUUUGUUAGAGGAGUCCAGAGAGUUUUCUGUAGAGUCAACAGAACAUCCAGGAACCUGUGUUAGAGAGGAUACAGAUACAGACGAGAGGGUACACAAAGAGAUAGAGGAAAAAACUCAAGAAAUGGUUGUGGAAAUAAACGAAAAUGAUGAAAACACAUGUGGAGAACCUACAGAGGAAGGCGGUAAAGGAACAGUUGACAGAAAACACAAAGAAGAGAUGUUGGAAGAUGGCAAAGAGUGGGACAGUGUGAUCUGUAGGCCAAGCAGUGACAUUUGGGUUGAACUUGAGGAAGUUAUAUGUGAACUGAUAGAGGAUGAGGAAAGUGAGCAGGCUGAGAAAGAGGGAUGUGGAGAGGAGGAGGAGCAGAAAAAGGUUUCCGGAGAAAAAAUAGUGGGAGAGGAGGAAGAUGGGACAAAAAAGACAGACAUCAGAAUAGAGGUAGGGGAGGAAUUGAUGAAGACAACUGGAGAAACGCCACAAAUAAAGAGAAAAGAAGUGGUCUCAAAAGAGCAAGAAAAAGCAAAUGAUGACAAAGAGAGAGGUGAUGAGCUUAGAACACCACCAAGUGAACAUAAACAACUAAACAAAGCCAUGUCUGAUGUGAAGAAACUGCAAGAAGGCAGGAAGUGUGAGGAAAGCAGACAAGGAGGAGUAGGAAGGAAGCUUGUCAUCUCCAAACACCCAAAAGUUUACCAAGUGAAAGCGGUGCCGGUUGUGCCUCCCAAGCCUCAGCACUGCAAAAUUACCGCCCUGACCCUCCGACAGCAGCAGCAGCAGAGAGACAGCGACAGGGAAAACGUGCUGAAAGUCCAGACAGAGCAGGACCAAAUUUGCGCUGGAGAACAGGGGAGAAGCGAAGGGGAGAAGGAGAGGGAGAGGAGGAGGGACGAGGAUGAUGGUGCCAUGAGGGACAUGAGCGGAAGCAGUCCCCUCAGCAUGUGCUUUGAUGAGGCUGUUGCCAUAGCAACCAUAAGGCGAGAAAAAGAGAAGGAGCACGAAAAGGAGAGGCAUUGGGGAGGUGAAGUACAGUGA